AUGACUCGAGACCUGUAUAGGCUAUCCCAGCUUGGCAGAAACUCUAAAAUUGGUAAUCUCCCACUAGAGAUUGGAUCUCUGGUUAAAGUUCGAGGUAGAGUUAGAGAUAGUCGGGUGUACAUGGAUAGGCCUACUCAUAGGGAGGUUGUCUGUGAUCGCAUUGAGAUCCUGGAAAAUAGGAUGAUGGAGAUAUCAUCAAAGCUGGAGAGGUUAGAGCUGCACACAAGAUACUAUCAACUGAGCUUUCCAUGGUUCCAAUACACUACUCCUACUCAAAUGAAGGAAAAUUCCUACCUUGACCUAGCAAUGGCCCUAUUAAGGAAGAAAAACGUAUCAUCGUACAAUAGAAACUUAUUGGCGAAGAUGUGUCCAGAUUUCAACGAUUAUACAGUUGAUAAAGUCAUUGGAGAGCUGGUAGACACGGGUUUCUCGUUCAAAGAUCAUAUGGACGUCCAAAAAUUUCACGUGGUUGAGAAGAGCAGAAAGUUGCAAGAGUCUAUCAAAACCUACCUGCUGCGACACGCUGAUAAUUAUGAAGGCGUCCGAUUAGCAAUGAUAUUCCGCCACAUUCGUGAGGAGCUCCAGUUUUCGGCCCUAUCGAUCAAAGCCUUGAGACACUGCCUCGCCUACAUGGUAAGCAGGGAUGAACUUAUAACCGUCGACAAUAAAAACGAUUUGUAUAUGUGUAUCGGUUAA